AUGGGUCAUCUUCUUUCGUGUGCGGGUAUUCGUUUAGGAACUCGAAUAGCAGAACCGGAAUCAACUGAAAUUCCAAUUCAUCAUAAAUGUCGUAAUUGUGGCACAGGAUGUGACCAAUCCACAUAUUCAGAUACGUGUAUUAAUGCAAAAUAUACGCGUACAGGUACCAGAGAUCAGCCAGCGAUUAUUCGAACGAUUGUACCAAAUGAUAAAGUACGAUGGUCGACAUCGUUUGAUUAUGAACCAGUUGAAUUUACAUCAGAAAAAGUUCGAACAUCAACUAAAGAAUAUGUCGAUCGUGAUCCACGUCAUGAUCUUACGGUAGACAUACCAUGGAAUUCCGAUGAUCGUUUAUGCGAUCGACGGUCUUACUAUGGACCGUAUAAAAUCAUUGGACGUGUCCCACAAAAUCCAUGCGGGCGAACAGGAAUCACCGGACGAGGACAUCUGGGUCAUUUCGGCCCAAAUCAUGCUGCUGAUCCCAUCGUGACUAGAUGGAAACGUGAUAAAAACGGUAUCAAAGUUCUACAUCGACGUUCUAGAAAACCAAUACUACAGUUUGUUUGCAUAAUUCGAAAAGAUACAGACGAAUAUGCUAUACCAGGUGGUAUGGCUGAUAAAAAAGAGAAAGUUACUGAUACGUUACAACGUGAAUUUCAUGAAGAGGCGCUCAAUUUUCCUGAUUUGGAUCAACAUGAUAAAGAAACAUUGAUAAACACAAUUAAAAAUAUCUUUGAAAAUGGUGGAACACGAAUUUAUUGUGGCUACGUUGAUGAUCCAAGAAAUACCGAUAACUGUUGGAUGGAAACUACCGUAUACAACUUCCAUGAUGAAGAUAAUGAACAUCUUGCAUUGAUUAAUGUUCACGCCGGUGAUGAUGCAGCGAAAGCUUUUUGGCAAGAUCUCGAUUCUCAACUUCGUCUGUUUGCAAGUCAUGCGGAUUUUGUCAAACGUGUUACUCUUUUGCAUAAAGCACAUUGGUGA